ACUGCUUCCACCAUUCUACCUGCUUGGGUAUCAAGAUCCGGGCCAGCGGCAAGCCGCAGGGAGACGGAGUAUAUCCCUUUACAAUUAGUGAAUCCAUCUGAAGAGGAGGCGGCGUUCGACGUUGCGGCGUUUGCUAUGAAAUUCAGUUCUUCGCUCAAGUUUAACGCCGUUGCGGAGUGGUGGGACGAGUACAUUGCCUAUGAUUCCCUGAAGAAGGCUAUAUACCAGUUGGAGAAGCAGCAGACGGGAGUGGAUCACCCAUAUACCGACUUAGAAUCGAAUGAGCGGACUUCGCUCAUUGAUCGCGCAGACAGUUCGGCGACAGAUGCGCUCUUUAUACCUCUCCUCGACCAUGAGUUGAAGAAGAUCAUGCUAUUUUACGAGGCGAAGGAGGCAGAAGUGCUGAAGGAACUCGCUGGCUUGGAGGAACUCGUCAGAGAGCAGGAUGAAUCGGAACCCGUUGCGGACGAGCAUUACAUGCACGAUAUUGACGAAGACGAUGAGGAUGACGACGACGACGACGACGAUGAGAGCCCCGUACGGAGCCGAACGCGAGCACAGUCUCCCCCCGGCAUCGGACGUCAGCCCAGUGUCGGGACAAGCUCGAGAGGUAAGUACAUGCUUCCGCAGCGAUGCUCUACGCCGUCCAUGUCCCCUGUCGGCCGUGCACGGAGACUCGUGACAAAGUUGAAAGACAGCAUAACCUCGACCACAGGCUUCCCCGAGUCCGUAUGGACGUCCAGGAGUAAUUAUGCUAUGGAUGUACGGCUCCUGUUUAAGCGACGAAUAACGACGCUCUAUGUGUCUGUUACGUCCCUAAAGUCGUACGUUGAGGUCAACUAUUCGGGGUUUCGGAAGAUCUUGAAGAAGUACGACAAGGUCACGGAAAGCGAGCUGAAAGAUCAGUACCUCCGCGAAGUUGUGGAACAGACCCCACCGUUCACACAACAAUCGAAGGACACGCUCAACGACGCCAUAACGCGACUUGUCAACUUAUAUGCAAAAUGCGUCACGCAAGGCGACCUGCGCGCAGCGCAGCGGCAACUCAGGCUCUACCAAAGAGAGCACGUUGCCUGGGAACGUGAUACGGUCUGGAAGCAAAUGAUAGGCCGCGCACGGAGGGGCAGAGGAGGGAUUGACAGCGGGGACGAGUUCCCAGGAGCUCCAGUUCUGGAGCAUGAGCCAGAGAAGGGAUUGCUCUCUUUGCCCACUCCUGUUGGCCGGAUCAAGAUCACGAAGAAGAUACUUUCGUUGCUCAUUGCUGUAGCUGUGUUCAUCACCCUUCUGGACGUGCGGACUGUAGAGGGAGUCCCGGCUAACCGUUGCUUCGCGAUCCUGAUAUUUGCCACAAUCAUGUGGGCUACUGAGGCCAUCCCGCUUUUUGUGACGUCCAUCUUGGUACCUCUGCUCAUGGCUUGUCUGCGAGUUAUUCGGUCCCCAGACGGAGACAUGCUCCCAGUUCCCGAAGCAACAAAAUACAUCUUCUCGGUGAUGUUCUCACCGACGAUAAUGCUUCUCAUCGGGGGCUUCACCAUUGCGUCUGCCAUCAGCAAGACGAGUAUUGAUCGCUUGCUGAUUACUCGUGUCCUGAGUCUUGCUGGCACGAAACCCAACAUCGUCCUGUUGGCCUUCAUGGGAGUUUCUUGCUUCGCUAGUAUGUGGAUCAGUAAUGUUGCGGCGCCUACGCUGUGUUUCACUCUUAUACGGCCCAUACUCAGAACUUUACCUCCGAGGUCGACCUUUGCGCCCUGUCUAAUCCUCGCUAUUGCAUUAGCGGCCAAUAUCGGGGGCCAGAGUUCACCCAUCUCCUCACCGCAGAACCUUAUCGCUCUCGACAACAUGGAUCCCAAACUAGAUUGGGCGCGCUGGUUCGCAGUAGCCAUUCCAGUCUCGGCAAUAUCUAUCCUGCUGAUCUGGUUGCUCCUCAUUGUGAGCUACAGACCGGCGCGCUCACCGGAUGGAGAAGGCGACAUAGAGAUCAAACCCAUAAAGGCUGCGAAGGAUAGUUUCACUGUCAAGCAGUACUGGGUCGUAUUCGUCUGUUUGGUGACUAUCGGUUUGUGGUGUAUUGAGCACGAAUUGGAGUGGCUUGUUGGGGAUAUGGGGAUCGUUGCUAUCAUCCCGAUCGUAGCCUUUUUUGCGACUGGAGUACUCAAGAAGGCGAGUUCCUUGCGAUGCUCACAAGAGUCCUUUGAUGAUUUUGAACAGUUUCUGUGGACGGUCGUAUUCUUGGCCAUGGGCGGUAUAGCUCUAGGCAAAGGCGUUACCUCGAGCGGUCUACUGGAGAAUAUGGACGAUGUUAUCCGGAAACUAGUUGAAGGUCUUUCGCUAUAUAGCGUAGUGAUUGUCCUUUCAAUCGUUGUUCUUGUCGUGUCGACAUUCAUUAGUCACACGAUUGCAAGCGUCUUAUUAUGCCCUAUUGCCAAAGAGGUCGGGUCACAUCUCCCAGGGGACCAAUCGAAUUUACUAGUCUUCAUCACUGGCCUAAUAUGUUCGACGGGAAUGGGCAUGCCCGUUUCAGGAUUUCCGAAUCAGACUGCAGCGACCCAGGAGGACGAGGUCGGGCAACUCUAUCUGUCUAAUAUCGAUUUCUUGAAGAAUGGAGUCCCCGCUAGCAUCAUCGCGGCUCUAGUUGUAGCCACCAUUGGCUUUUUACUAAUGAAACUUGUAGGCAUCUGAUACCCCUCAUCUAACCUAGAUACGGAAUACAUCGUACGAUCCGUUUCGCGCUAGUCUUGUGUUUAUGUGUCCCAGAUCCUGUUGCUGCGUGAUGGCAGAGUUAGCGAAGCUAGGUUUGGUCACGGAACCUGCGCUCCGAAC